UAUAUAUAUAAUGUCCUGGUUUGGGGAUUGAGUCACGAUCAGAAAGUCGAGGGGGGAUGUGCGGGUGGUUCAGGUGGCUGACUGCGCCGCAGCGUGUCACUCAGGUGGAAGAGCCCCAGACAGAGCAAGAGCCUCAGCGCUCUGAGGAAGCUGUCCCGGUGCAGAGUGAAGGGAUUAGCGGUGCAGUGAUGUAUUCUCUACCGAUGCUAACGACAAUAGCAUCAUAAGCGUUGAGCUUUUUGCCCCUGGCUGUAAAUGACUGCUUGUUUUUUUUUUUUUUUUGCCCCAACGAUCGCUUUGUCUGCUGACGUCCCACUCACAAGAGCACAGUGCAUUUUGGGAUGCGUCAAUUUCCACAUUUAACAUAGGGCUAGACAGAGAAUCACACACGGUUUCAGUGUAAAGUCACUGGAAAAUUUAAAAAUAAAAGUUCUGCAGCGAUGCUAUUUCAUAUAUAUGAAGCUUACGUGUGACCAAACGACUUAUUUAUGCACAGCAUCGUUGCAGAAGUGCAGUGGUGUGUUUUCAUGGCUUUAAUCCUGGCAGUUGAGAGGAACAACAUCAUAUAUGACAUCAAACAUCGAUAUCAAACAUGAUUCUCUUCUUUUUGCUUUAAUGGCGGAUUGCAUUAACAAACCGUGACCUGAAAUCUCGAGAGAUCUUGUAAUCUCGCGAGUCCAGCGAAGAGCAUUGCGCAGCCGCAGCAGCAGCCUCAGGAGCAAAACAACCAAAGCCUUUGAUGACGUCAUAAAGGCUUCGGAACACUAUAAAUAGGUCGUCAGACCACACAAUCAGUUCAUUCUUUCCGAGAAACCUCACAGAGCGACAACGCGUGACAAGGCCUGCAUAGUAAAUCAAAUUAUCUUAUUUAUUCUUUUAAAUUAGAAUAAAUACAACUAGCUAAGGACUUAUUUAACAUCAAUUUACAAGUUUUGUGUCAGGGACUCCAAACAUCCACAAUAACUCUUGUUUCCACAAAAAUAGGAUCGUAUAUAGACCAAGAGUUUAAUAAACAGCCAGCCGAAAUGGAUUUAAUUUCUAACUUUACACUCCAAAUUGAGCAGCUUUUUCUUACUGAAAGACAAAAGAUAGAAGAGUUGAAAGCAGAAUGUCUGAAUGAUCAUUUGCUGGUUUCAAAUGAACAAAGCAUCAAAAAUGAACCCAGUUUUCCCAUUAUAAACCAGCUUUCAGAAGAUUUUGAACAGAAAUUUAGAGAAGAAAGAGAUUCUCACUUACAAACAAAAGAAGUGAACCAGGAACUCAUUGAGCGUCUGAAAGCUGAUAACGGGGCUCUCCUAGCACAGAUGGAUGAGACGAAGACAGCUCUGGAAGAAAUGAAAGUUUCUCACCAGAAACUCUUAGAAAAAUAUAAUAAGGAUGUUCUUACCACCCAAGAAAUGAUUGAACAUCUUGAAAUUGAGCUAGAGGAUGAAAAGGAGGCUCACCAAAUGACCAUAUCUCAGAUGCAAGCAAACAUCCCUGAGAAAAACAAACAGGAAGAACCAAUUAAAGAUCUCUUGAAAAAAAUACGCAUUUCACAUCAAGAGAACAUGUUUGAAGACAAACUUCUUUAUGCCAAACAAAAAGCAGAACAUUUUGAAAAAGCAUUUCAAAAGGAAUUUCAAGAACAUCAAAUUACUAAGACUAAACUGGAGGAUUUAAGCAGUAAAAUGACCCAACAGUGUGUUGCCCAGCAAACCAGUUUUCAAGAGACCGAGCCACAACUAGGACAGGCAGAAGGAUUUGAAAACGAAAUUAAGAAAGAAAUCCAGGCACACGAACAGAAAAAGACUAAGUGUGAGGAUUUAGACAGUACGGUGUGCGAACAGUGUGUUUGGCAUGAGCAGCGUUUCAUUCGCAUAGAGAAGGAAAUGCGCCAAAAACGUUUAGAAGAGCGAAACCUUUUAUUAGAUGAAAAAAAAAGAUGUGAAAGUGAGCUUGUUUUAGCCAAAAGACAGGUAGAAGAAAUUGAAAACGAACUUAAGAAAGAAAUCCAGGCACACGAACAGACAAAGACUAAGUGUAAGGAUUUAGACAGUAGGGUGUCCGAAAAGUGUGUUUGGUAUGAGCAGCGUUUCAUUCGCAUGGAGAAGGAAAUGCGCCAAAAACGUUUAGAAGAGCGAAACCUUUUAUUAGAUGAAAAAAAAAGAUGUGAAAGUGAGCUUGUUUUAGCCAAAAGACAGGUAGAAGAAAUUGAAAACGAAAUUAAGAAAGAAAUCCAGGCACACGAACAGACAAAGACUAAGUGUAAGGAUUUAGACAGUACGGAGUGCAAACAGUGUGUUUGGCAUGAUCGGCGUUUCAUUCGCAUGGAGAAGGAAAUGCGCCAAAAACGUUUAGAAGAGCGAAACCUUUUAUUAGAUGAAAAAAAAAGAUGUGAAAGUGAGCUUGUUUUAGCCAAAAGACAGGUAGAAGGAUUAGAAAAGGAACUUGAAAAGCAAAUCCAGGCUCACGAACAGACAAAGAUUAAGCUGGAAGAUUUGAGCAGUGAGAUGACUCAUGAGUUUGUUCGCCAACAGAAGGGUUUCAAACUCAGAGAGAAGGAAAUGCGCGAAAAACUUUUGGAAGAACAAAACGUUUUGUUGGAUGAAGUCAAACAAAGACAUGAAAGUGAGAUUAUUUCUGCCAAAGAACAGGUAGAAGGAUUAGAAAAGGAACUUGAAAAGCAAAUCCAGGCGCACGAACAGACAAAGACUAAGCUGGAAGAUUUGAGCAGUGAGAUGACUCAUGAGUUUGUUCGCCAACAGAAGGGUUUCAAACUCAGAGAGAAGGAAAUGCGCGAAAAACUUUUGGAAGAACAAAACGUUUUGUUGGAUGAAGUCAAACAAAGACAUGAAAGUGAGAUUAUUUCUGCCAAAGAACAGGUAGAAGGAUUAGAAAAGGAACUUGAAAAGCAAAUCCAGGCUCACGAACAGACAAAGACUAAGUUGGAGAAUUUGAGCAGUGAGAUGACUCAUGAGUUUGUUCGCCAACAGAAGGGUUUCAAACUCAGAGAGAAGGAAAUGCGCGAAAAGCUUUUGGAAGAACAAAACGUUUUGUUGGAUGAAGUCAAACAAAGACAUGAAAGUGAGAUUAUUUCUGCCAAAGGACAGGUAGAAGGAUUAGAAAAGGAACUUGAAAAGCAAAUCCAGGCUCACGAACAGACAAAGAUUAAGUUGGAGAAUUUGAGCAGUGAGAUGACUCAUGAGUUUGUUCGCCAAGAGAAGCGUUACAAACUCAGAGAGAAGGAAAUGCGCGAAAAGCUUUUGGAAGAACAAAACGUUUUGUUGGAUGAAGUCAAACAAAGACAUGAAAGUGAGAUUAUUUCUGCCAAAGGACAGGUAGAAGGAUUAGAAAAGGAACUUGAAAAGCAAAUCCAGGCUCACGAACAGACAAAGAUUAAGUUGGAGAAUUUGAGCAGUGAGAUGACUCAUGAGUUUGUUCGCCAAGAGAAGCGUUACAAACUCAGAGAGAAGGAAAUGCGCGAAAAGCUUUUGGAAGAACAAAACCGUUUGCAAGUAUGCAACGUUUCAUUAGAGGAAAUGAAACGAAGAUAUGAAAAUGACAUUCUUUCUGCUAGACAACACGUUACAACUUCACAAGGAAAUCGACGAUCACAAAAGACAAAAUGUCAGAUUCAAUAAGACAGUUCAGAGAUGGAGACAUUAGUCCAGCAAAUGAUGAAGAAAAUGAAACAAAUUUAUAGAAAACGUGGAGAAAUGAAGACUUUCAAUGAAGAAAUGAAAAC